AUGCAGGCGACACCAGGCCUUGCGGUGCAAGCUGGUACGACGCCUGAGGUACGCAAAUGGAAAGCUGACAACUCGCGGCAGCUUUACUCAGACGCAAAGGCAUCACCCGAGAAACUGCUUGAAAGAGCGUGGCUGCGGCUUGGCCGGCGCGAUGCAGACGCCUUGCGAGAAACGUCAACGCGAGCUACUGCCAAUGCAUCAGCGUCAGCGGCAGAGUUGGCUACCAGGGCACCGUUAUCGCCAGUGCUGUCUCGGGUAGAUAGCAAGGACGCCAAGCUCCACUAUACGCUGCAGCGCAGCACGUCCAAGGCUGUCAUCUAUGCUUCCGAGGAUCCUCAUCGGAACAGCAAGAACAAGGCUAUCUCCAAGAGACAACUCGUCACUGAAUGGACUCCCGACAAACGCAUAGCCAUGCAGGUGCCGGAUGAACGCCCGCGGGGCACUGUAACGGCAGCAACUGGCCCGGUGUCGACGGCGGUCCUGCGAACGCCAACCGCCUCUACCCCGGAACGACGACCCUGGACGCUGGGCGACUUUGAGAUCGGAAGGCCACUGGGGCGCGGCAAAUUCGGUAAUGUUUACCUUGCACGGGAAAAAAGGACGCGCUACAUUGUGGCACUCAAGGUCCUGUUCAAGGCUCAGUUGCAGAAAGCCGGUGUCGAGCACCAACUGCGUCGCGAGAUUGAGAUCCAGUCGCAUCUACGGCAUCCGAAUAUUCUUCGCCUUUUCGGGUAUUUCCACGACGAUACGCGCGUCUUCCUAAUCCUGGAAUACGCCGGGCGAGGUGAGCUGUACCGCGAACUCCAGAGAUGUGGCCGUUUCAGCGAGCGCCGCACGGCGACCUAUAUCGCGCAACUCGCACACGCACUGGAGUACUGUCACCGCAAGCACGUUAUCCACCGAGAUAUCAAACCGGAAAACUUGCUCCUAGGCAUCUUCGGAGAGUUGAAGAUUGCCGAUUUUGGUUGGAGCGUGCACGCACCGCAGUCUCGUCGGAAUACACUGUGCGGCACCCUAGAUUAUUUACCGCCGGAAAUGGUUGAGGGCGCGCCACAUGAUGCGCGCGUCGAUAUCUGGAGUUUGGGCGUGCUCACCUACGAGUUCCUGGUGGGAAAUCCGCCUUUCGAAGCGCAGAGUCACGAAGAGACGUACCGACGCAUUGCACGAGUGGAUCUGCGCUUCCCGCCGAGCGUCUCUGCGGGGGCGCGAGACCUCAUCCGGAAGCUGCUGGUGCGCGACCCGGCCGAGCGUCUGCCACUCGAUGCUCUGCUGAAGCACCCGUGGAUUCAGGCCAAUGCUGAGUUCGUGCCACGAAUCGGUGAGUUGUCUUUACCGCCGCGAAUGCACGCUGCGGAACAAUAG